AUGUUGUUACGAUUAUCUAGAAGGUAUCUUAAUAAAAGAUCAUUUAAAUUUGGGGUUUUGGGUUUACUUCUCAUUGUUUUAACUGUGUUAACUAUUAAACUUAAUGAAACAAAAUUUAAUAGAAGAAUCGAUAGAAAAUAUGAAUAUCAUGAUCAUGAAAUUAAUGAAGAUGUCGUUUUUGAUAAAUUCCCAAGAGUAAAUGAAUCUUACAAUAUUAUGGAUGAUUUAGCUGAUUCUUUUAGUCCUGAUAAAAAGGGUAAAACUCCUAAAGCUUGUUAUAUCACUCUAGUUAGAAAUGACGAACUUGAUGAUAUGAUUAAAUCAAUCAAACAUUUACAAUCAAGAUUUAAAGAACAUUAUAAAUAUGAUUGGAUUUUUUUAAACGAUGAAGAAUUCACUGAUCAUUUCAGAUCAUCUAUUGAAAACGCUGUAAAUUCUACAGUCAAAUUUGGUUUAGUACCAAAAGAUCAUUGGUCAUAUCCAGAUUACAUUUCUGAAGAUCAAGCUGCUCAAACUAGAAUUGAUAUGAAAGACAUCAUAUAUGGUGAUUCCGAAUCUUAUAGAUUUAUGUGUCGUUAUCAAUCUGGUUUCUUUUGGAGACAUCCUCUUUUAGAUGAAUAUGAUUGGUACUGGCGUGUUGAACCAAAUAUCGCAUAUUACUGUGAUAUUUUAACUGAUCCUUUCCAAUAUAUGCAAGAUAAUGAAAAAGUGUACGGUUUCACAAUUACUAUUCAUGAAUUCGAAGAAACAAUCCCAACUCUAUGGAAUACCACUGUAGAUUUUGUUCAAAACCAUACUCAGUAUGUAAGUAAGAAUAAUUUAUUAAGAUUUGUUACUGAUGUUAGCGGUGAUGAUUAUAAUUUAUGUCAUUUCUGGUCAAAUUUUGAAAUUGCAAACUUAAAUUUCUGGAGAUCAGAAGCCUAUAGAGAAUAUUUCGACUAUUUAGAUCGCAAAGGUGGAUUCUUCUAUGAAAGAUGGGGUGAUGCUCCAGUUCAUUCAAUUGCUGCAGCAUUAUUUUUACCAAAGGAUAAGAUUCAUUUCUUCCCAGAAAUUUCCUACUAUCAUGGUCCUUACACAAAUUGUCCAAUUGAUAAGACAAUUUACAGUCAAUAUAAUUGUAAUUGCGAUCCAAAGGAAGAUUUCACUUGGAAAGAUUACUCAUGUGGUCUAUUAUAUCAUAAUAUUCAGCAUAUUGAAAAACCUAAGAACUGGAGAAAACACACCGGUUAA